UCUUCGUAUAAAUACGAAAUCCGAUAGCGUAAGACGUACGUACUUGAUCGUCUUCUUAAGUGCAAACUUCGUCAUUAUGAAACUGAUAGUAUUCACUGUCUUAUUGGCCACAUCUCUUGCUUUAUCUCCUGGUGGAGAUCCAAGGCAAGCGCAGAUUCUCAAGUCAGAAUUUGACAUUCAGCCUGAAGGAAGCUAUCAAUUCGCAUAUGAAACCGAUAAUGGUAUCGCCGCCCAGGAACAAGGCAACAUCCAGCCGCAAGGACCGGAACAAGCGAUAAAGAGCGUUUCUGGCUCUUUCCAGUUUCUCACGCCCGAAAAUGAACAGAUCCAGGUGUCUUACAUAGCGGACGAGAACGGUUACCAGCCGUCUGGAAACGCGCUGCCCACCCCACCACCAAUCCCGGUCGCCAUCCAGAGGGCUCUGGAAUACAUCGCCGCACAUCCACCGCCGCCCGAACAGGGCGGGCAAAAGAGAUUUUAGACGAGACGAAUAUGGACCUAGUUAAUAAAUGUUGUUGAUGUGAUUUUUAUAUUAUUAUUAUUAUUUUAAAUAUAUGUAUAUUAAUUUUGAA